CUGUCCUCAUAAACGAGAAGUCCAGUAUACUUUUCGAGAUGAGCAGAGAUUUAAAAAGUAUGCCUACAGUAUUGAUUGCGUCCUUGCUUCCUUCUUGGUACUGAUUCUGUUUCAUUUUUGUCGGUUGUUACAGAACCUCCAGCAUGCAGGCCCCCAGCUCUAGGUCUGUGCACUUGAGUGAAUGGCAGAAGAAUUACUUUGCCAUUACAUCCGGCAUAUGUACAUCAGGACAGAAGGCGGACGCAUACCGGGCACAGAUACUACGCAUUCAGUACGCGUGGGCAAAUGCAGAGAUCUCCCAGCUCGGUGCCGCUGUGCUGUUCAAAAAAUAUGCAGAGAAAUACUCUGCAGUUAUUGAUUCUGACAACGUCGAGACCGGCUUGAAUAACUACGCGGAAAGCAUUUUAACGUUAGCAAGAUCUCAGCAAACUGACAGUGACAGGUGGCAGUCUGGAUUGUCAAUAAAUAAUGUUUUCAAAAUGAGUAACGUACAGGAGAUGAUGCAAGCCGGCCAGAAAGCCAGAGAGUCUCUGUUGGCACCUGACGACGCGUCGGUAUUAAUCCAUAAAGAGGCCGCUGUCCUCGAUCCUCCUAAGUUUAGUGUUUGUGGUGGCUCUGGGGACAGGGGCCCGUUAACGGACUCGGCUCAUAAUACGAACGGGACCCAAGACAUCCCAGAGGGCACUCCUUCGCCAUGCCCUCUGAAUGCCCGGCCACCUGCGCUGACUAACACCAGUAAGACGUGUCCUACGUCCUUAACACCUUCCGGUGAACUUGCUACCGCAAAAUUCCAUGCCACACCGCUGUUCGGAAGUGUCAAAAAGGAAAAUAACAGCUCUCCCACAGCCAACAUAGGACUGAACAAGUCCUCACCUAAUCAGUCUUGUUUGCCCUCUGGCUGUGAAAAUCCAUGGGCGCAGAAAGCUUUUUAUGGUUCUGGCAUCAUCGAUGCACUUUCCACCCCAAUAGUGAAUAAGGCUUUUAGUAAAACAGAAGAUAACGGCCAGAGAGAAGAGAGUAGCCUGCCUACUUUUAAAACUGCAAAAGAACAAUUAUGGAUAGAUCAGCAGAAAAAGAAUCCCCAGCCCCAGCGUGUAUCAGGGUCAUCGUAUGGCGGUGUAAAGAAGUCUCUGGGAGCCAGUAGGUCCCGAGGCAUAUUUGGGAAGUUCGUUCCUCCUGUACCUAAGCAGGACGGGGGAGAGCAGCAUGGGGGAAUACAGUGUAAGCCUUCGGGCACAGGCCCUGCAGAACCAGCACACAUAGCUGACGAGCGUCUGAAGAACCUGGAGCCAAAGAUGAUCGAACUUAUUAUGAACGAGAUAAUGGAUCACGGGCCGCCGGUAAAUUGGGACGAUAUCGCAGGAAUAGAAUUUGCCAAAGCCACAAUAAAGGAGAUAGUUGUGUGGCCCAUGAUGAGACCGGACAUCUUUACUGGUUUACGAGGACCCCCUAAAGGAAUUCUGCUCUUCGGGCCUCCGGGGACUGGCAAAACUCUGAUCGGCAAGUGCAUUGCUAGCCAGUCUGGGGCAACGUUCUUUAGUAUCUCUGCUUCCUCCUUGACUUCUAAAUGGGUGGGAGAGGGGGAGAAAAUGGUCCGGGCGUUGUUUGCUGUCGCAAGGUGCCAGCAGCCGGCUGUGAUAUUUAUUGAUGAAAUCGAUUCCCUGUUGUCUCAGCGAGCAGAUGGUGAACACGAGUCUUCUAGACGGAUAAAAACUGAGUUUCUGGUUCAGCUAGAUGGAGCAGCCACCUGUUCUGAAGACCGUAUUCUGGUGGUGGGGGCGACCAACCGGCCCCAAGAAAUUGACGAGGCUGCCCGGAGAAGGUUGGUGAAAAGGCUUUAUAUCCCUCUGCCAGAAGCUUCAGCUAGGAGACAGAUGGUGACGAAGCUCAUGUCCAGGGAGCGGUGUUGCCUGAGCGAGGAGGAGGUCACCCUGGUGGUCCGGCAGUCUGAUGGCUUCUCGGGGGCUGACAUGACACAGCUGUGCAGGGAAGCGUCGCUUGGGCCCAUCCGCAGUUUACAAGCUGCUGACAUCGCCACCGUGACACCAGAUCAAGUCCGACCAAUAGCUUAUAUCGAUUUUGAAAAUGCUUUCAGAACCGUGCGACCCAGCGUGUCUCCUAAAGAUUUAGAGCUUUACGAAAACUGGAACAGAACCUUUGGUUGUGGGCGGUAGACGGGACACUUGAAGUUUGAAGAAGGCACCUGGGUAACACGGCCUUUCCCACUUUGUAGCUUGGGAAACUGGGGGGUUAUUCAUCGUACUCUCAGUGUGUAUUUUGAAUUCUACACCUCAGAAAAAAUAGAGUAGUAAUAGUUGCAAUUUUACAAUUGAUUGGCUUAGCCCCUGUUAAUAGAAGCUUGGGUUUCCCUCCAGUUACUGUCUGAUAUGCGAGCCUAUUUGUACAAAAUAUGAACGAACGUGUUUCUUUUGUUCAAAGCGGGUCUUUGUUUUCAAGAUGGACAGUAUGAUGACUAGUGAGCUCACACCGAAACUGGGUUCUCAUUUGUAUGUGAGGAGGCAUCUGAUGGGUGCGCGUCUCCCGCUGAAGAAGGUUCCUUCUGCCGACCACGUGACUUGCGCGUUGGCCGGGGUGGUGGUUUACAUUUGAAGCCGCUUCGCUUGGUGUGCAGGGGAUUUAAGGUCUCCCCAAACAGCCGAACGAGAGUGCCAGUUUUUUGUUCUUCUUCGUCACUGCGUAACAGUUGCCUCCUGUUACCAGGGCUGCCUGCGGGAGACGCAUUCAGUGGUAGCCAGGUGUAAUCUAGUAUCAGAGACGUGUCCGCAGACUUGAAGGAUGAAGAAGGUGCAUUUUCCCAGGGGGGUAGAAUGUGUUUAAGAUUAAUAUUUUAUUUGGUAGUACUUCACCGCCUGUAGCAUCGGUCUCUCAAAAGUGAACGUCUGCAGGUUUCUACGUGGGACCCUUUUGUAAGCAGUAGACAUUCAUCGUCGAAAUACCAGGGCAGAGAGCUGAAC